GACACCGGUCUCGCUGCUCGCGCCGGAGAAAACAAACUGCGUGGAUGAAGGCGCUCUCAAAGCAUGCGACUUAAAGCACUCUCGGCGCAUUUGGACUGGCUUUCUUUGGUUUCGGAAUACAUUCAUCUGCAAUAGAGGUUGCCGAGUGUAUGUGUCCAGCAUGACAAAGAGUCCUCCUAACAGGCGUGGAAUCGUUUUUGAGGUGGGAGCGCAGCUGGAGGCCAGAGACACCCUGAAGAACUGGUAUGCAGCCAACAUCGAGAAGAUCGACUAUGAAGAUGAGAAAGUUCUGAUCCACUACAGACAGUGGAGUCACCGCUAUGACGAGUGGUUCGACUGGAGCAGUCCGUACCUCAGGCCUGUGGAGCGAAUCCAGCUGAGGAAACAAGGGCUGAAUGAACGACAGUGCGCUUCAGGUUUUCAGGUCAACCAGAAAGUGCUAGCCAGCUGGUCUGACUGUCGCUACUACCCUGCUAAGAUCUUGUCUCGAGACAAAGAUGAUUUCUACACGGUGAAGUUUUUUGAUGGGAUCAUCAAGACAGUGAAGGGGAUUAAAGUCAAGCCAUUCCGUAAGCAGCCCUUCAUCAAUCCACGCCUGCUUCUAUUUCUGGUGGCGUCCCCCCAAGGGAUGACUGAGCUCAUAGCCUCCGCUGGAUUCCUGGAGAGGUGGAAUGGUGUAACUGUGGUUCUUCAUGGGCAGAGCUGUUGUUUAUCUGUCGGCACCUAUCUGAUCACUUUCCAGGGUUAA